CUAACAGAAUCCACGCCCAUGGACGCCAUCAAAUCAAUAGCACUAGAGAGACGCCCCAAAUGGAAGUUCCGCAGCUUGAAUGAGCUGCACACCGAGGCCAACUGCAUCUUGCGGUACAUAUUGACCAACGAACGGUCCAAACGAUGGCGGAAGGUAAGUGAAUGAAGGUGUAAGAAUGGUUUGAUUGACAGAUUGAUUGGAGUGAUUGACAGAUUGAUUGACGUGUUCGACAAAUCUAAUCAUACAAAGUAUUUGAAAGACGUCAUAAGAGGAACAUAAAGACGUCACGGGAAGCAUAACUCGACUACAUUAAGGGGAGACAUGAUCUGUUGAUAAAGUUGUGAGGAAGUUAACGACUCUAAGGAAGGCAACACGAGAUAUCUGCAAAAUAUUAAUUUAAAAAGUAUUAAAAUACUUCACAUGAAGUAAUACAUGCUUAUUAAAGGUAAUCAUUCUUCAAAUGAAGUAAUACAUGCCUUUUACAGGUAAUCAUUCUUCACAUUAAGUAAUAUAUGCCGUUUACAAGUAAUCAUUCUUCAUAUGAAGUAACACAUGCCUAUCACAGGCAAUCCUUCUUCACAUGAAGUAAUACAUGCCUAUUACAGGUAAUCAUUCUUCACAUGAUGUGAUACUCGCCUAUUACAGGUAAUCUUUCUUCACAUGAUGUAAUACUUGCCUAUUACAGGUAAUUGAAGCUUAUGAACGUCUGCUGUGGAUGAUAGACUUGAAACAUUUCCCACCUGAAUAUGAGCCGCCAUCUUCUUACGUCAUUUUGGUGAGAAGCCUUUUAUUUUCCUUGACAUAAAUCUAUAUGGUCAAAACAACAUAAGUCUGUAUGGUCAAAACAACAUAAGUCUGUAUGGUCAAAACAACGUAAGUCUAUAUGGUCAAAACAACAUAAGUCUGUAUGGUCAAAACAACAUAAGUCUAUAUGGUCAAAACAACAUAAGUCUGUAUGGUCAAAACAACAUAAGUAUAUAUGGUCAAAACAACAUAAGUCUGUAUGGUCAAAACAACAUAAGUCUGUAUGGUCAAAACAACAUAAGUCUGUAUGGUCAAAACAACAUAAGUCUGUAUGGUCAAAACAACAUAAGUCUAUAUGGUCAAAACAACAUAAGUCUGUAUGGUCAAAACAACAUAAGUCUAUAUGGUCAAAACAACAUAAGUCUGUAUGGUCAAAACAACAUAAGUCUGUAUGGUCAAAACAACAUAAGUCUGUAUGGUCAAAACAACAUAAGUCUAUAUGGUCAAAACAACAUAAGUCUGUAUGGUCAAAACAACAUAAGUCUAUAUGGUCAAAACAACAUAAGUCUGUAUGGUCAAAACAACAUAAGUCUAUAUGGUCAAAACAACAUAAGUCUGAAUGGUCAAAACAACAUAAGUGUAUAUGGUCAAAACAACAUAAGUCUGUAUGGUCAAAACAACAUAAGUCUGUAUGGUCAAAACAACAUAAGUCUGUAUGGUCAAAACAACAUACGUCUAUAUGGUCAAAACAACAUAAGUCUGUAUGGUCAAAACAACAUAAGUCUGUAUGGUCAAAACAACAUAAGUCUGUAUGGUCAAAACAACAUAAGUCUAUAUGGUCAAAACAACAUAAGUCUGUAUGGUCAAAACAACAUAAGUCUAUAUGGUCAAAACAACAUAAGUCUAUACGAUCAAAACAACAUGUCUAUAUGGUCAAAACAACAUAAGUCUAUAUGGUCAAAACAACAUAAGUCUAUAUGGUCAAUACAACAUAAGUCUAUAGGGACAAAACAACAUAAGUCUAUACGGUCAAAACAACAUAAGUCUUUAUGGUCAAAACAACAUACGUCUAUACGGUCAAAACAACAAAACAAAAUACCCCCUCCCACACACACACAUACAAACAAGAAGUAAAAACAUUCUUUAAAAUAAUAAGAACAACAGCAAGCCAGUACAACAAACCAUUACAACAAGUCAGUACAGCAGGCCAAUACAACAAACCAGUACAGCAAGUCAGUACAACAAUCCAGUACAGCAGGCCAGUACAAAAAACCAGUACAACAAAUCAGUACAAGUCAGUACAACAAGGCAGUACAACAAGUCAGUAUAACAAGUCAGUACAGCAGGCCAAUACAACAAACCAGUACAAAAAAUCAGUACAACAAGUCAGUACAACAAGGCAGUACAACAAUUCAGUAUAACAAAUCAGUACAAGUCAGUACAACAAGGCAGUACAACAAGGCAGUACAACAAGGCAGUACAACAAGUCAGUACAGCAGGCCAAUACAACAAACCAGCACAAAAAAUCAGUACAACAAGUCAGUACAACAAGGCAGUACAACAAGUCAGUAUAACAAGUCAGUACAGCAGGCCAAUACAACAAACCAGUACAACAAGUCAGUACAACAAUCCAGUACAGCAGGCCAGUACAACAAACCAUUACAAAAAAUCAGUACAACAAGUCAGUACAACAAGGCAGUAGAACAAAUCAGUAUAACAAGUCAGCACAGCAGUCCAGUACAACAAACCAGUACAACAAGUCAUAAACAACAAAUCAGUACAACAAGGCACUACAGCAGGCCAAUACAACAAACCAGUACAGCAAGUCAGUACAACAAUCCAGUACAGCAGGCCAGUACAACAAACCAGUACAACAAAUCAGUAUAAGUCAGUACAACAAGUCAGUAUAACAAGGCAGUACAACAAGUCAGUAGACAUACAUUCGUUGAAAAUGUCUCAUACGUCCAGUCUAAACAAACAACACAAAUCUAUUUUUCGAGUUCUUCCAUUGAUUACAGUUGUAUGAAGUCCACUUCCACAUGGGCCUAGCCUUACAAAGGAUGGGAGCACACAAGCAGUCAGCCAGUCACUACACACAGGCCAUCAACGCCAUCUCCGUACCAAAGGUAGAGAACCUUUAGUUUUUUUUUUAUUAAAUGCUAAAACUUAUGUCACAACACAGCACCAUCAAUCACCCAUACCUGUGGUGAUACAGCCCAUGUAGGCUUUUGCCUGCCUCACCCCAUUGUUCCACUCAGACCAUCCAUCCCUGUGGCACUACAGCACAUGAAAGCUUUUGCCUGGCUUACUACUCCCUUCCACUCAGACCUAAUUAAUGCUUUACUUGUCAAUGCUUGGAUUCCCAGCUGUUGUAGAUCUUUUUCCACAUUACCAUCCGUCUGAGCGAAUGUCUGCCUUUGUGUCGUUCUCCACUAGGGUUUUAAUGAUGCACCCUUUUCAAUCCUCCGUCUAUUGGCAUUCUCUCUUAACGUCAUGCCCAGCGUAGCCUACCCACUUUUUUUAAAUCUCUGCUACUAUCGUGUAAUCCUGAUAUAGUCUAUACAAUACCUGGUUGGUUCGUAGUCAUCCAUAGUCAUCCUUUGUUAAUCCAUAUAUUUACCGGAGAACUUUUCUUUCCCAUUUGUUUAAUAGGUUCUCUGUCCCUUUUGCUAAGGUCCAAGUUUCACGUGCAUAUGUUACAACUGGUCUGAGUACAGUUUUAUAAAUAGUUUCUUGGUUUUUCUUGUAAUAUCUUUACUAUUAGAGUAUUUUCUGACUACUGAAGUUUGCCUGUUUCCGGCCGAUAUUCUUUCUUUCAUGUCUGUUAGUGAUUCGUUUCUUUUAUUUAAUAAAAAUCCUACAUACUUGGCUUGAUUUACUUUUUCAAAAGUCUGGUUUCUAAUUAUUGUAAUGGUUUCAUCUGGCUGUUCUCUUAACACAGUCAUGUAUAUUGUGUUUUUGUUUUUUUGAUUGUUAACUUCAUGGGCGCUUCAUAAUGUCCGGGUCUUGUUCACUCUGCAUCUGUGCAACCAUUGGGAACCAGGUGACAUAGCCAUGUGCGGACACACAAACUCUGCUAUUUGAUCACCCUAGUGGUCAAUAUGUCACGCGCCACUCAUUAGGUUUAUAGAAACAGUAUGUUCGCAUGGGUGAAUUACGAGAACUAAGAAAAACAUGACAUGACGGAAGAUAAGUUAGUGAUUAUUAUUUUCUUAUUACAUUAUUGGGUGGCAGAAUGGUCUAAUAUGAAAAAAUCUCAAGUUUGUGGUCUGGCUAAAAGCAGAGCCAAGCAAAAACAUCUCAAGCACUUCGGGUGGAUGGUACUCGUUAACCUUGGAUUGCAACUCAUCUAAGAGAAGGAAACUCUGAAUUCAAACCCGAAGAGGAGUCCCGUAGGCGGAUAAAAUUGAUAUGAUGAAACAUUUUGACAACUGCUGCUACGCCAGUGGCGCCAAGCUGUAUCAUCCACAUGAUGUUCCAUUGGUUAUCCAGCGGCAUCAUGGAGAGAGGCGAUUUGCAGUUUUUCCAGUUUAUAAUCCUUGUGGAUUUCAUCUUGCGAAGUCUUCACCAUUAUCACAUGGUGACCGACAGAUGCCAGAAAAAAAUUACAUUAUAAUUCUAACACAUGAUUAAUAUGACGUUAUAAUUCUAUCACAUGAUUAGUGUCUAAUUACGUUAUACUUCUAUCACAUGAUUAGUGUUUAAUUACUUUAUAAUUCUAUCACAUGAUUAGUGUCUAAUUACUUUAUAAUUCUAUCGCAUGAUUAGUGUCUAAUUACUUUAUAAUUCUAUCACAUGAUUAGUGUCUAAUUACGUUAUGAUUCUAUCACAUGAUUAGUGUCUAAUUACGUUAUAAUUCUAUCACAUGAUUAGUGUCUAAUUACGUUAUAAUUAUAUCACAUGAUUAGUGUCUAAUUACUUUAUAAUUCUAUCACAUGAUUAGUGUCUAAUUACGUAAUACAGCUUGAUAUUUCUUCACGUGUACAAACAGGGUGGAUGUCAGGCAGGCUGUAUGACCAACUCAUGCAUGCUGACCCCUCUGUACUCACGGCGAGCGUUUGCCUACUGUCAGGCAGGUAAGAACAUACACAACCCUUGUCUGCUUUCUGUCAGACAUGUAAGAACAUACACAACCCUUGUCUGAUUACUGUCAGACAUAUAAGAACAUACACAACCCUUGUCUGCUUAUUGUCAGACAGAUAAGAACAUACACAACCCUUGUCUGCUUACUGUCAGACAGAUAAGAACAUACACAACCCUUGUCUGCUUACUGUCAGACAGAUAAGAACAUACACAACCCUUGUCUGCUUACUGUCAGACAGAUAAGAACAUACAAAACCCUUGUCUGCUUACUGUUAGACAGGUAAGAACAUUACACAACCCCUGUCUGCUUACUGUCAGACAGCUAAGAACAUACACAACUCUUGUCUGCUUACUGUCAGACAGUUAAGAACAUACACAACACUUGUCUGCUCACUGUCAGACAGGUAAGAGCAUACACAACCCUUCACGUGUUCAUAGCUUCUCUUGUUCAUAUGCUAAUUACAAACAGCAUAUCAUGGUCAUUAGUGGCUCGCCAUCUAGCAUAACCGCACACCAUGUUGGCUGAGUCGACUGUUUUCCUUUUAUUCUAUGCCAAAAGUCGUCAUUUCUCAGACACAUUAAGUAGUUUGUUAAUAAAGAUUUUCUAUUAAUAAACUUAUUCAGUCAAUAUUUCAUAAGCAUCAUUUAUAUCUACCAAUAGUUUGAUCUUGUAACAGUGAAUACGUAACUUCUCAGUAGAAUUGUGUAAUUUCGUAUUACAGCGCAAUACCAGCAUUAUAGAAAAAGAUUCCAUAAGCUAUCUCGAAUUUUAAUGGUCUAUCUUUUAUUCCUCGAGGGGACAGAAUCGGGGCUUUGAAAUAUACUCUUGGGUAAUAUCUUAACAAGUUCUCCGGCCCUUCUCCUUGACAAGACAUAUCGCAUUAAUCAGAGCUUUUCGGGAACGAUCUAUUGCUUCUGAAUUAUGGAUUCUGUCAACCGAAUCCACCACCCCUCUACUUCUGUGCAUUAGAGAUUGCAUUAAUAUUUCGUUGUGCUUUCCUCCACGUGUCAACUAAUGAGUGAUUGCAUUUAUAUUGCGUUCUACUUUCCUCCACAGGUCAACUAAACAAUUAAUGCUUUUAUAUUGCGUUCUACUUUCCUCCACAGGUCAACUAAACAAUUAAUGCUUUUAUAUUGCGUUCUACUUUCCUCCACAGGUCAACUCAACAAUUAAUGCUUUUAUAUUGCGUUCUACUCUCCUCCACAGGUCAACUCAACAAUUAAUGCUUUUAUAUUGCGUUCUACUCUCCUCCACAGGUCAACUCAACAAUAAAUGCUUUUAUAUUGCGUUCUACUCUCCUCCACAGGUCAACUCAACAAUAAAUGCUUUUAUAUUGCGUUCUACUCUCCUCCACAGGUCAACUGACCAGUGCACUAAAAGACAUCGAGGCUCUCGCAGCUCUGGACAACACAAAUCCCGUAAGCCAAAAUUGUUUGUUAAAUAAAUAUUCUUUUAUUUAGACUGUGUAGUUGAAAGGCUUGACAAUUAACCCCACCCCACCCCUUUUUGUUUCCCCAAUGAUUUGAUCAGUUACAAAACAUGUGUAAGUAGUUAUUGAUUUAAUAAAAUGUUUACAUGUACCAUUUCAAAUAUCCCCCCUGACACACCAGUAAAGCAUAGGUCAACUACUCGCGGCAUCUACUAUAACAAUACAAUAUGGUAUUUGGCGAAAUUAAUUUAAGAGCUUUGAUUACUUUGAGGUCCAACAAUUAACUCUCACCUAAAACAAACCUCACCAAAUUCUAAAACUGGAUUCUGAUAGGGAAACAAAUCAACAGGAAGUGAUCAAAAAAGCUAGUUACCCAAAUCCUCUGAUAAUAUUAUGAAACUAAUAAUUCUAAAAUUAUAUAUUAUUAUAAAUUAGCCAAGAACUACAUAAAGUCCAUCAACUUUUUUUGUUUUCCAGGACGUAUACUGCGUCCGAGCGCUGGUCAGAAACUCCAGGAAAGAAGAAAAACAGGUACUUGAUUUUAUGUGUUGAAAACAUUACGCAACACAUUAGUGUUGUAUUGUUUUUGUUAGUACUUAAAAAAUAAUGACAGAAAAUAAAUGACGUGAAUGUGACAAUUAAAAGAACUAGCAUCACUUUGUAUCAUUAAAAGCGAUAGAAAGAGUAUCUAAAAUUGUCCUCGGGUUUAGGAAAUGACUUCCUUUAGAUCUAUUUAAAGUUAACUAGGUCAAUUUAUUAACUAGGUCAAUUUAUUAACUGUCAAUGCUGAAACAUUACGAUUUAACGUUGUUCAUUAAAGUUGUUCAAAUGCCAAAUCCUGUUUGCAGAUAUCGUCCGUUACCAUUGUCCGGUAAGUCAUGAUGCAAUGCAAACUAUCGUAGGCACUUUUUAAAAUAUGCCUAAACUAAAUUUUUUUUAAAUGUUGUAAAGGCCUUACAGGACCUGGACCAUGCACUGACCAUUCAACCUAAUCAUGGUGGAUGUCUUCUUGUUAAAAAGGCCAUGGCGAACUGUUCUGUAAGUCUUUGCCUGUCCCUUAGAAUUCAAUAAACUUAAAAAAGACAAAUAAACCCUAGAGCUUUUUUCUUGUGUUCUGAAAUGCUAACAUUGGAGUCAGCAAGCUCUUGUUGAAAAAAUGCAUGUCCUGCGUGACAGAAAGGUUUUAGAUACACUGGCCCUUCUCUGGCUCCUGGUAACUGAGUAUGACGCAUAUUGUCAUAUUUUUAUAAGGGAAAUAUAUACAUGAAUUUUAAACUAUCUUAACAAGUCAUUGCUAUUUUUUACACUACAGUAGACUUAAAAAAUAAUGUUGGGAUAUUUAAUUAUUUGAAACAAAAUCUUUUGCCCUCUUGUUUUAAGGCUCCAAAGAUUAAUCCGGAGUCGCAGUCAUACAGCAACGUUUACAGCUUUAGUCACCCUUAUAGUCUGGAAUUCUAUGACAGGUAAGUGCACUCAGUACCUGACCUACAUUGCCUACAUAAUCCACGGGGCGUUUAUAAAAGCCGAUUGAAAGGUCAGCCAUUUAGAUUCCUCAUGUUGAGAAAUAGCAUGCGCUCAGACUCAGACUUGUUCAUUGGUUAUCUUUAAGUUGGAAUACAAAACGAAUUGUAUUUAUGUAGUUUCUUCUUAUACAAAACAGAAGUUGUUACCAGAAUGUUGUAGACUCUAUUGCUAUUUAAAGUGUUGGCCACAGAAUGGCACCAGUGCGUCAUCUCUCAGCCAAUGGUCCCACAGAAUGGCACCAGUGCGUCAUCUCUCAGCCAAUGGUCCCACAGAAUGGCACCAGUGCGUCAUCUCUCAGCCAAUGGUCCCACAGAAUGGCACCAGUGCGUCAUCUCUCAGCCAAUGGUCCCACAGAAUGGCACCAGUGCGUCAUCUCUCAGCCAAUGGUCCCACAGAAUGGCACCAGUGCGUCAUCUCUCAGCCAAUGGUCCCACAGAAUGGCGAAAGUGCGUCGUCUCUCAGCCAAUGGUCCCACAGAAUGGCACCAGUGUGUCAUCACUCAGCCAAUGGUCCCACAGAAUGGCGCAAGUGCGUCAUCUCUCAUUGAAUGGUCCCACAGAAUGGCACCAGUUCGUCAUCACUCAGCCCAUGGUCCCAUAGAAUGGCGAAAGUGCGUCGUCUCUCAGCCAAUGGUCCCACAGAAUGGCGCAAGUGCGUCAUCUCUCAGCAAUUGGGCCACAGAAAGUGAAAGCUUUUUUUUAAAGAUGUAUGAAAGGAACACCCAAUUAACUGGGCACAGGGGCGUACCAAGGGGGUGGAGAGAAAGUUAGCGCUUUGCUCUACUUUUUUUUUCAUGAAAUAGAGGGGCGACAUUUUUGGCCAACUUCAGACAUUUUUCGUUGACGUUGGCAGAAAUAUUUUUUGCCUUCCCUCGGUUUUAAUAACUCUUGCUACGCCACUGACUGGGCACCAGCCAAAACUGCAGUGUGGAUCAUUUGUGCCGGUCCGUCAAACCGAACGUUUGAGAAGAACUUGUAUACCCUUCACUUUAAGAAUGAAAGCUUUAUACCGCUAUGUUGCAUGCAAAACGCUGUGUAUCAGCUCCGCUAUGUUGUAUGCAGUGUGUUGGAUAUCAGCUCCGCUAUGUUGUAUGCAGUGUUUUGGAUAUCAGCUCCGCUAUGUUGUAUGCAGUGUGUUGGAUAUCAGCUCCGCCAUGUUGUACGCAGUUUAAUGUAUAUAACUUCGCUAUGUUGUAUGCAGUCUAUUGUAUACUAGUAAGUAAAUAACGAAUAUAUAUUUUAUUCUGUAUAUAGGAUGUUGUACACACUUCUAGUCCCUCACAGAAUUACCGUCAUAGACUUAACACCUGAUAAGCCAUGCAAGCAACUGAUCGGUAAGGUUAUCCCCACUUGCAAUGUAAAAUGUCAUUUCAAUGUGGGGAAUUUACUUAACCAAUAAUAAUUAUUGCAUUUUUAUUAAAUGUAAACCUCUGCUCUUUAUCUUAGUUAUCUACUGUUUACGCUACUUCAUAUCUAACUCUCUUUGAAUGUUUCCCUUUUACAAAACUUAGCAUCUGGACUUCAUGGUUUGAGUUCUAGUAAUUCCCGUAUGGCGCCAUCUUUUAUUUCACGAGUGGACCCUUUCCGUUGUGGGACCCCUUCGUCAGACACCAACAAUCUGGCGCCCAAGAGACGCAGAGACUACGGAGAGGCCAUACGGAGAUACAACGCCAGACCAAAAACUUCUCAGGAAUUCAUGGGUAAGUAAGGUCGAGACCUUCGCUAGCCUGCAGGGGUAACUGUCACAGAACAGCACAGUUGUUUACGGGUAAGACCGCACAUCGGUAAGACCGGCCAAGAAGUGCACUAAGGUAUAUGCAUACGUUACAUUUUAGAUGGAAAAAAGAAUCCAGAUAAUCGGAAUGUUAAGAUGACCCUAGAACUGCCAGUAACAUCAGAGGGAGUGUCUCGUGACCCUAGAACUACCAGUACCAUCUGAGGGAGUGUCUCGUGACCCUAGAAUUGCCCGUACCAUCUGAGGGAGUGUCUCGUGACCCUAGAACUACCAGUACCAUCUGAGGGAGUGUCUCGUGACCCUAGAAUUGCCCGUACCAUCUGAGGGAGUGUCUCGUGACCCUAGAAUUGCCCGUACCAUCUGAGGGAGUGUCUCGUGACCCUAGAACUGCCAGUACCAUCUGAGGGAGUGUCUCUCUAAAUUAAGUCAUCCUUUAAACAAAGAGUUUGGGAGCUUUGUGGUAGCCACUUAUAUAAAACAUACUGAAUUUUUUUUUCAUUUUGGAUCAAUACCAAAUCCUGUAUUUGUUAAAGUCGUAUAUUUUAAUUGAGGGUGUAAUUGUGGCUUUUUUCUUCUGGACUCAGCUCAGCUGGAGAAGGAGAUUAAAAGGAGAAAAUAUGGACCCAUAAAAGUUCACUUAGCUAAAACAUCUUCAGACGGCGAACUCAAGUCUGCAGCCAGAGUGUCGUCAUCACGCUCCAGUCAUAGCACGGAGACGUGUCAGGCUGGGUCUACUGGAGGCAGACGCAGUGCGAGUAACAGGUUCCAGUUUGAAUCUCCGAGCACGUUCUCCAUACCUGUAAGUCUGGUUUAUUACCGUCUCUCAUCACUAGCAAACUCUGAUCUUUCCUUUAAUUCACUAUUUGCCAUGUCCCCACCUUCAAUUAUUCUACAUUCUGUGAUUCUAUUCCUUCUUACCAAUCAACACAAGCCAUUUUAAUGUUUACAGAUUAUAGUAAGUAGAUUUAACAUAACAAUUUUUAUAUUUGAAGAUUAUAUUAACUAGAAUGAACAAUGCAAUUUUAAUUAUCUUUUUAUUCUUAAAACAUUCAAAUACACAUAAAUGAUUUCAAGAUACGUGCAGAUCAGAACGUCCACUUAUCUUAAGGGCUUGUUUGACAUUGUCUUUGGCCAAAUAAGAGAUUAUCACUGUGAUAAACAAUUAAAACAUGUAUUUGUUUAUGACAACUGUAUUUAGUGAUUGUAGCUAUUAGUCGCACAAGAGAGCUUUAAUUAGCAGGGUGGGCAAUUUUACUUAUCUGAAUGUGUCUUAUUACAUAUCUGAAUGUGUUUUAUUACAUAUGUGAAUGUGUUUUAUUAUGUAUCUGAAUGUGUUUUAUUACAUAUCUGAAUGUGUUUUAUUACAUAUCUGAAUGUGUUUUAUUACGUAUCUGAAUGUGUUUUAUUACAUAUCUGAAUGUGUUUUAUUACAUAUCUGAAUGUGUUUUAUUACAUAUCUGAAUGUGUUUUAUUUCAUGUCUAAAUUCUUCAACAAUAAUGGGAUGCAUUCCUUUUUCCGUAUUUUUUUUUAAUAAAGGGUCGUUCGUAAUUUACAUCACACUAAACAUGACCUUUUUAGACCCCCCCUCCCACUCUAUCUCCUGUCACAAAGUGUCACGAAUUCUCAACCCGACCCCCUCCCUCCCCUCCCCCCUGAGCGUGACGUAUUUUGCGAACGGCCGCUAACGACAUUCUUAUGUCUGUUUUUUGUUUCAGAUCUUUCAGCCAGUCAAUUUAGAAUCUCUACCACGCAUGUACCACAGGUAGGUAGCAAUACGUUUAUAUCACAGAUAGGUAGCAGCACGUAGGUACCACAGGUAGGUAGCAGCAGUAGGUACCACAGGUAGGUAGCAGUACGUAGGUACCACAGGUAGGUAGCAGCACGUAGGUAUCACAGGUAGGUAGCAGCACGUAGGUAUCACAGGUAGGUAGCAGCACGUAGGUACCACAGGUAGGUAGCAGCACGUAGGUACCACAGGUAGGUAACAAUGGCUCAACCAGAUAGAAGUUCGGUGCACAGGUGUUUUAUGCAACAUUUUAUCAUGUAUCACAUACAAAACAAAAAGCAUUCCUUUUUAUAUGGGUUGGGAUAAAGGCAAUACAAAAAGUUGCGUACCUCAUUGCCUACCAGAUUGCCUGCCACAUUUCCUACCAGAUUGCCUACCGCAUUUCCUACCAGAUUUCCUAUCACAAUUCCUACCAGAUUUCCUACCAAAUUUCCUAGUAUAUUUCCUACAACAUUGCCUACCACAUUGCCUACCACAUUGCCUACCUCAUUGGUCUCAUCGUCAAUCUCUAUGACGAAUGCCCAUUUCCCAAUUCAUAUUUUAAGACUUCGCCUUGGCUACAAUGUUAAAACACAAAUUUUCUUAAAUUCUCCAUUUUUUUCUUUUUUAGUUAGGAUAUGUAUAAUUAUAUUAUGUAAAUUUAAUUUAUACUUAUUUAAAUGUGUUUUUUUAUUUGUACUGAUGAAGGCAUGUGCCGAAACGUUUACCUGUGUAUAAUGUAUAAUUAUUAUUAAAGCAUAACUUAUAUUGUUAUAUUGACACAAUUUGUUCGUAUCUUAUUAAUCUAUUUUAAAGCUUUUCUCUGUCCAACACUUUUUUUUAAAAUUCUGACAAAGUCUUGCAUAUUUUCAUAGCAAUUAACAACUUUGAUUUUUGUCUAAGUCUGAUGACAAAAAAGAACAAGUUAAUUUAUUAAAAAAAUUAACAAAGUUCAUAACAAAAAUAAAAUUGACGCUUCCACAUUCAUAGUUGGAUGCAUUGAAAAAUGAAGAUGUUCUUCUUUGAAUGUGUCAAGAGAAUUCCUUCCUUCUCCACAGACCAUGGCAAGGAGACCGUCUGCCUGUGGGUGAGGUCAUCCACACAAGACCCUCUCCUGCAUUUUACUGACGUCAUCACACAGCGUUCCCGACAGCCUAAAAACUGACCAGUUCAAGAUCCACACAUGAUUGACAUCAAUGAUGAGAUAGGAGAUCUGAAGGCAGAGACACAGACAGACUCUCUUCUGCAUCGCUAAAUAUCAAGGGCGUCUUCCAUAAAUGCCCUGUAUGCCCUGUCAUCGGGCGUAAAAAUUUGAACAUAAUAUGUCAUCAAUAGUAUUCUAUAUUAGAAUUUAUUUGUACCACAAUAUUUAUUAAGAACACUUGAUUUAACUCUCAGAAAAACAAAGUAAAAAAAUAUGUAUAUUUGAUAAAAGCAAUGAAAUUAAGAAGCCUUGAGUUGAAUCUCGACCUGUUGAAUGUCGUCGC